AUGCGUCGAACGCUGAUACAUGUUGUAGCGCUAGUUCUAACGCUAGGAUUACCCAGUGGCCACGGUUCCCACUUCUCUCAUCUGCACCAUUCACACGAGAAUCAGAUCCAGCAGGUGACCUGUGUCAAGACGUUCACGCAGCCCGUCGUCACAACGACGGUUCCGAUUGCCACCAGCUUUACCUCCACCACCAACACGGUCAGUACCUACACGAUCGUAACGCCACCGCCUGUCCUGCUGCUUGAGACGUCCACCUCUGCCAUCUCGACCACGGUGGGCACGAUCACUCCGAGCACGGUGAUCACCAGGACGACUACAUCCACGGUCACUUCCACGCCACCGCUCGUGCCCGCCGUCAUCACCGUCACCACUACUGUCGUUACACAGCCCACCACCUCCUUCACCAUCACCCUUUCCGUCACCUCAACUAGCUCGAUCAUUAGCACGCGGACGUCCCGAAUUCCCAUGUGUGUGUAA